AUGUCUGACGCAGCAGCUAAAGGAGGAAAACAGGCACCUAAAGUAGCCAAGAAAGGUGAAAAAAGAGCCGGCAAAAAAGGAGGAAAGAUUGGUGGAACUGGUGAAAAGAAACGCAAGAGAAAGAGAAAGGAAAGUUAUGCUAUUUACAUCUACAAUGUUUUGAAACAAGUUCACCCAGAUGUCGGAGUUUCAAGCAAAGCUAUGAGCUCAUGAAUCAUGAACUCAUUUGUCAACGACAUCUUUGAGCGCAUUGCUUCCGAAGCUUCGCGUUUGGCUCUUCAAAACAAAAAGUCGACCAUCUCUUCUCGUGAAAUUCAAACCGCAGUACGUCUUCUCUUGCCUGGAGAACUUGCAAAACACGCAGUCAGUGAAGGAACAAAAGCCGUCACAAAAUACACAAGCAGCAAGUAAACCAACGUCUACCAAACACAAACGGUCUUUUUUAAGACCACACAUCUUUAAAAAAACAUUUACUUGGCGUCACUACAAGUUAACCGAAGUUAAUAAAACUUCUAAAUAAUGUGCUUAAGAACACUAGCCUACAUUUAAAAUACUUCCCCAUGUGUGUGUGUGGAUUAGCUUCACUUUUCAUACGUAUUAUUAGCUGUACUUGCAGAAAAGACAAGUACAUUGAUCCAUGUUAUUGCUUACAUUUAACUUAACCCAGCUUUUCACGGAAACACUCC